AUGCCUCCCAAGAAGAAGGCGCGAAGCAGCGUCUCCGCUGUCGCGACACCGACACCAGCUCGCGAUGACGACGCCAUGGACGUCGACACCCCAGCGGCUGAUACCCCAACAGCGGCCGUGUCGAUGGUCAAGCCGUCCGCGGAUGAGUGGCCGAACAACCUUUGGACCGAUGACCAAUUGUCUUCACUAUUCAAGGGUGUCAUUAGGUGGAAGCCAGCAGGUAUGCACAAGCACUUCAGAAUGAUUGCUAUUAGUGAGCACCUUCGUAAUCACGGUAUCGACCCUGACUUCUACACCCAUACGCGCAUCCCACACAUCUGGCAGAAACUCCGUACCUUUUAUGACCUCAAAACGAUCGACCAACGUGAGGAUUUCUACGACGCUCAAGAAGACGAGAACUACGACGAUCGGUUCAAGGAAUUUACUCUACCCCCUGCCGAUUUCUACGACAUGCAACUGGAGCGUCUACUCGCAGACCCUAGCGAGGCUCCAACAUCCCCGCCUGAGCUGGAGCUGACGCCACCACCACCAUCACCCGGCGGUAGCAAUGCUGGGGCUAACAGGAGGAGGAAACGCGCAUCUACCGUUACGAAGACACGUGCCAGUACUGUCGAGGAUACGGAGGAUGGUGGUACGGACAUCGCGUCACCCCCACCAAAGUCGGCUAGAGUGGCCCGGAGCCAGAAGCGGGCUGCUGGCAAAGCCAAAGCGGCGGAGAAGGCGGAAAAAGCUGAGAAAGCCGAGAAAGCCGAGAAAGCUGAGAAGGCUGGAAAGGCUGAAAAGGCUGAAAAAGCCAGCAAAACGCCCAAGGCUCAGUCAACCGAGUCUUCCUCAUCUUCAGACGAGGACGAAGAGGACCAAGACGAAGACGAGGAUGUUGAUGAUGACGAUGAGGGUGAUGAAGGAGGCGGAGGAGGAGAUGAAGAAGAAGAAGAAGAGGAGGAGGAGGAGGAGGACGACGACGAAGAAGAUGGAAGUGGAAGUGACUCCAACGAGGAAGAGGAGAGCGCUGAGGAGAGCGGCACUCCGGUCUCGAGAUCAACGAGGGGGGCUGCUCGAGGCCGUGCCAGAGGCAGGGGCAGAGGCAGAGGAAGGGGACGUGGGCGGUGA